AUCUUAACAUCUUACCACACAAAAAAAUAGUGCCGUACAUAAAAUAAUAAAGAUGGAUAUACAAUAUCUAAGCAUGUGGUUGGACCAAAUGGUUGGAGCGGAGGCCACAUUGACACAUGGUCCUUUGUUUUAGAGGCAGCUUUUGGACGACGCAAAGAGCCAUUUUCCAUCUCUCUCUUCAUAUGCUAUUAUUUUAGCAGACCACAGAAGUGAUAAUUAUAGUACGUACAACAAUUUAGCGUUACAUAAUUUCGAUAUAACGCAAACAAUUACUGCUGCAUGCUAAUUAACCAUUAAUUUUAUGGCAUAUUGUGUCGUUUUUCUUGAAUUUUAUUACGUGUUAGAUAUUAUUUCCUGUGUCCGUAUGCAUUGUGAAUUUACAAGUUACAACUCGCCUCUUUCGAGUUAUUUGGCGUUUUUAGAUAAUGUUUUAUGAUCUCAUCAAAGGAUAAUGUCACGUAGGACCCUCAAAUUUUCUUUGCCAACCAUCCAAUGGCAAUCAAAGCCAAUGUCACGUCAUAUUCCCUUACUUUUUCUGACAUCUACGACUUCUUUUAUAUUCCCAAUCACGAUUUUUAUUGCCUCCACCAUUUACAACCUUUUUAUGUAUUGGAAUUUAUAAUUCAACCUCGAAAGCUAACUAAAUAAGUAAACAAUAUUCGUAUUUUAGUAAGCUCGGGAUUUUAAGGAAUCGAGAGGCUUUGUUCAUCCUGUCGUUUAUUACAAAUAGAGAUAAUAUUAAAAGUUUUAAGAAAAUGAUAACAACUGGAAAGAAUGAACACAAGGUUCUAUUUUUAACAAUAAAAUAAGGUUCAGUUUCUGUUUUACAUGACUCAGAUGAUAAUACGAAUUGAAGUCAAAUCAAUAAUGUUAAGAAAUGGAUAGACUGACUCGUUCUGGAUGUUAAAAGCCGUAGCUGUAAUUGGACCUGGUAGGGCUCAUUGUCUUUUAUAUUCACCUUACGUCCCCGAGCACACUUUGCUGACUUAAUUACCUUUAGCUUUAUCCAUUCCAUCAAUAAUGGGAAAAUGAUUUUAUCAAAAUGUUAUCAACAUAUCACAAAUAAACAAAAUUUAAAGGUAGACAUAAGAGUAAGACAAAGGAUUCGGUUUAACUUUGUGGGUGUAUGUUUAUGUGACUUUAGGGAUUUAAAUCGUUUUUAUAAUGUAUGACACGAGAUGAUUGUAGGACGUAUAUAAGCUAUGUCAAUAGUGCUGGUUUUCCAAGUAAUGAACAGGCAAAAAAUCUAAUUCGUUUUUUUUAUAUAAAUAGGCGAUCCUUCGUCGUGGGAGAGUCCAAGAGACAUAUGCCCCUUCAACAAUUUAAUUGGGCGUACCAUUAAACUCUUUUCAGCUCCUAAUCCACCCAGUUAGCAUUUCUUUACACUAUAGAUAUUUUUACCAAAUAAAAGUUGAAUUAUUAAUAUUAAUAUACUAACUUGUUUAUUGAUUGCUUCCACACAUGUCGGAUCUGACCUAAGUAAAUAAUAAUAUUUUACGUUUUAAGGUUUUUAGUUUCAUUGAUUUGAGACUGUGGGAGCAAUGUUUUAUUGAAUAUGAAUAUUUGUCGUGAUAUGUAAAAUAUGCUGACGGCAGUAAUAAAUAAAAACCGUGAAAUGAAUGGAUAAAAAUCGAAGUAAGGGCAUAAUAUCAAUCAAAGCUACGAGCCUCACUAUAAAAAAUGAUGCAAGAGGAGAGACACAUGCGGCGUAUAGAAUCUGAGGGCUAGGGACCAGCGGAGAUUUAGGAGCAAUGUAAUGGAGACGAUGACGGAACAGGUGUUCGAACACGUGAUAGUCACCCGACUGUAGGCCUGGGUGCCCCGCCGAUUUCAAUUCGAUUGAUUCGGAUUUUUCAAUUUUUGGUGUUAUGAUAAUAAGUUCCGUUGGAUUUUACUAAUUAUCAGGUCGGGUUCAGUUUGAUUCUUUUCGGAUUCGGUUCGGAUUGUAACCAAUAAUUGAAAUCGUCCAAAAAUAUAUUUUUUAAACUUCAAAAAUUGAUAUUUUUUUUUCAAAAUAUAGAAAUUAACUAUUCACAAAUCUAAUUAAAAAUUAAUUAAACUAUCUAAAUUAACUGAAAAGUAUUCAAAAUAACGAAUAAGACAAAUUACAAAAAUAUUUUGAAUACUCCAACAUAUCUAAAUCACUUUAACAUAUAUAAAAACAUUACCAUAUUUUACUAAUUUAAAUAUCUUCAGAUCCUAGUUUGGAUUUUGGUUCGAUUUGGGUUAUAACCAAAUCCCAAAAUACUAAACUCAUAAGUCUCGUUCGGAUAUAAAUGUUUUUGUAUAACGGAUCCGGUUCGGGUUAGGGUAAAAACGCUCAGACCUAUCCGACUGUCUCCCUCAUCACCGGAACUUAUAAUUAUAUCCAAUCUUGGCCUUUGAUCCUACAAAUGGAUUUGACAACUUUGACUAACAUUCUCGCAUCCUGUAUAUAUAUCACGUAUGUAACUUAAGUAUUAAAAACAGCAAGUUGUUCACAGUUUUGCAUCUAGCUGGUUAGCUUAUGCUGGCCAAGGGGCUGCAGAAUAGUUAUGAAAUAAUAUGUUCAACGUAAAAAAAAAAGUAUUAAAAACAGCAAUUUAAAGCAAUAUAAUUGUUGUAAAUGAAUGAUACAACCUCUGAGCCUCGAUAUUUUUAUCCCAGUGGAACCAAGUGUUUAUUUCUAAUUCUGGUGGCCUGGUGGGGGGGGGGUACCUUCCUCAGUUUUUUGUGAAGUGUUUUAAGACCGUGCAGAUUAAUUCAUUUUUUAAACUGUGCACAUGUAUAGUGAAGCCCAAUGUUGUAAAGCCCAUUAGUUUUAAUGCAUCAUUAAUAGCUUUCUGGACCAUUGGAAAAAAAGACAUACGUUGGUUUGACAUACAUAGUUUGAUAUUAAUAUUACAAAAUACAAGUGAAAUCUUUACCAUGAAUGUGAAACAUGUAUCUGAGUAAAUAUUCUAAAAAUGUGUGAUAAAAUGACCAGGUUAUGGUCUAUCUUCAACUACAUGCGGUUGAUCACACAUAUUUGACAUGUAGAGCGGAUGAGAGAAGCUAACGUUCUCCGGAGUGGGAUUCGGCGAGACGGCGGCGAGUGAGGCUAAAAUGAUGCUAGAGGAACACGCCACUGGCUGGGGAUUGAAGAGAGAUGUUGAUGAUGAUGAUGUAGAGAGCUUAGUGCUGACAUGGAAGGGACAUAGUGUUGUGUUUGCAUCGUCUUGGUACUAAUUAAUCAAAGCCUAAAAUAGAUAAUGAUGUGUUUAUCUUUCUUUAAUCUAGGAUUAGUGCUUACUAGUAGAACUUAACUAAAUAGUUGAUGACUUGAUGUAAUUAGAAAAGUUUUGGGGAUUCUGACCCGACCCAACUCGUUGUGUGACUUGUGUCUGAAUAUGCUGACUUUCAAACUUUAUUAGUUGUGCAAAAUCAAGUAACAUGAUUGGUCAGUUAGCUAUAUCCAGCUGUGUAAAAUUUUCAGCACGUGCCUCGUUGACUAAACGUUGACUUUCACAAAACAGAAGCUUCUAAAAAAAAACACACAAACAAAAAGAAAUAAGAAGAAUAUGCGAUCUAUCCGUCUCUAAAAAUUUCCCCCAAAAAUCCCUCUUUUGUUUUUCUGUUAAUCACUUUACUCCCAAGUCGCGAUUACUGUUCAUCUCAAAAGCUCAAAUUCGCUUCUCUGUUCUUCUUCUUCUUCUUCUCCUCAACGAGGGACCCAAAUGCCAACGGGUCAGCAUCAUGUCGUUAGGACAGAUACUUCCGAGUUAAAGUCUCAGCUCGAGAAGAAGAUUGGUCGGGCCAAAACCGAGAGAUACCUUAAUCUCUUGUCCAAAUUCUUGAGCUUGAAAAUCAGCAAACCCGAUUUCGAUAAGCUAGUCGUCGCCACGGUGAAGAAGGAGAACGUUGGUCUGCACAACGCUUUGCUAAGAGGGAUUAUUAAGAAUGUGUGUCUCUCAAAGACAUCGAAUGGUGUUGAAGGAGUAGAGAAGAAGAAGCAAUUGAAUGGUGUCAAGUCUUUAUGCAACGACCUUCCUAAAUCGCCUCGUAAAGGGAGGACUCAAAGGAGGUUGAAUAAGGAUUGUAAUGGAAGCAAAGGAAAGAGUCAAGUCACUGAGGUUGUUUCUUCUAGUUUAAAACAACAAUGGUCAAUGGAAGAUGGUGAAGAAGUUGAUCAGUUGACUCGGUGUUGGAGAAGUCAACCCAUUGAGGCUCCCUUUGGUGUUAAUCUUAGAGAUGUGAGCAAGAGAAGACCUCACGUAGGGACUUGUUACUCCUCUGGUGAGCUUCCUGAUUCUAUUUCUCUAAAGAAGAAAGUUGAAGAAGGCAUGGAGGGAGAAGGACUAGAGGUUUCAGCUGGUUUUGCUAACUCGUUGAACGCUGGACUCAAUGUCUUCUUGAAAAGACUAAUCAAACCGUGUCUAGAAUUAGCAGCUUCAAGGUCUAGUAGCCGAGGGGAAGUUUGUUCUUCUUCUUCUUCAAUAUCUAUGGAAGAUUUUAAAGUAGCUAUGGAGUUAAACCCGUUGAUACUUGGGGAAGAUUGGUCUACAAAGCUUGAAAAGAUCAGGUUAGCUACACCAGAUUUUCAGACAAGCUAACUCUUUAACUAGAUAGAUCAUCUGAUUCUUCCAUUACAGAGUUUGUGUUGGACAACAUCUUUAGGUUUUUGUGUGUGUAUAUAUAUGUCUUGGUGUUUAAUUGCUUGUUGCUGAUUUUAUAUGUUUAGGGUUUGAUUUUUUUAAA